AUGGCUUCUCACACUGGUCCAGUGUCCGGCGGGUUGGGGCUCCUUGACGUGAACCGCCGCAGACCUGCAACUCAAGAGGGGGAUCAGUCUGCACCUCAUGACAUGCUCGAAGAUGAGGGCCGCUUCCCAUCAAGCUCCGUCCUCAAACAGCCGUCCCUGCUCAGCGGCCCGGGUCGAGCGCAACAAAAUGGGCUUUCUACCCCAAGAAUCAUACCUCAAGAGGCGGAAGACUACUUGACAGCGAGACCGAUUGCCUUGUUGCAGCGUACCAAGAGCGAUCUUGGGCCCCGUCGCAAAGAGGCGCUUCCAAAGGUCACGGCAGCAGAAGACAAACUGGCCCAUAUUCGGCAUGGCUGGGAUGACGAGUACACGUCGAAUGAAUACCUGUCACUGUUACACUCGACAUUUUACAUGUACUACACUGAAAAGCGGCAUGAAAGCAACGGCUCGUUGUCGGAGGAAUCCAAGCAGUUCCCCAGUGUGGACUGGCGCAUGAAAGAUCGGAUGAAGACUGUUUCCGCAGCAUUAGCCAUCUGUCUCAAUAUCGGUGUGGACCCUCCUGAUGUGAUCAAGACGAACCCCACUGCAAAGCUCGAAGCAUGGGUUGACCCGACGGGAAGCAGUGGUGGUACGACCAAGACAAUGGAACAAAUCGGUAAACGCCUGCAGGAGCAAUACGAGUCGCUGAGUCUGCGGACGAGAUACAAGCAGUACCUGGAUCCCUCCAUUGACGAAACGAAACGAUUUUGCAUCUCAUUGCGUCGUAAUGCGAAGGACGAGAGGGUGCUUUUUCACUACAACGGCCAUGGCGUGCCACUGCCUACUCCUUCGGGGGAGAUUUGGGUCUUCAACAAGAACUACACUCAGUAUAUACCGGUGGGACUUUACGACUUGCAGGCGUGGCUAGGAGGUCCCAGUCUGUUUGUCUAUGAUGUCUCUCAUGCUGGAAACAUUGUGCACAACUUCGACACGUUCUUGGCCAAGCAUGAAAAGGAAAACGAGGAGCUCAAGAAACGAGAUCCGAACGCACCUAUUCAGAACUAUGGAGAUUGCAUCCAGUUGGCGGCCUGUGGGAGAACUGAGAUGUUGCCCACAAACCCAGAACUGCCUGCUGAUCUUUUCACGUGUUGCUUGACGACGCCGAUAGAUAUAGCCUUGAGAUACUUUGUGUUGCAAAAUCCGCUUCCCAACGGCCCUGUUGUCGAAGAUGGCAAAAUACCAGUCCCCGGCCGUCUACAGGAUAGACGGAGUCCUCUGGGGGAACUCAACUGGAUCUUUACAGCCAUCACUGACACGAUUGCCUGGAACAUCCUGCCGCGACAUUUGUUCAAGAAGCUUUUCCGUCAAGAUCUAAUGGUUGCGGCACUGUUCCGCAAUUUCUUGUUGAGCGAACGCAUCAUGAGGGCAAACCAUUGUCAUCCUAUCUCUUCGCCAGCACUGCCAGAAACACAUCGACACCCCCUCUGGCAAAGUUGGGACCUGGCCAUGGAGAUGGUGUUGGCGCAGCUCCCUAUGCUUCGUGAAGCCGAAGAAGGGAAACGCGUCUAUGAAUACCAACACUCGACAUUCUUUUCGGAGCAGCUCACAGCCUUUGAGGUGUAUCUUAGCUCCGGUCCCACCAAAGACCGUGCGCCUGACCAGCUGCCGAUCGUUCUGCAAGUCCUCCUUAGCCAAGUGCAUCGGCUGCGUGCUUUGAUUCUGCUUAGCAAAUUCCUGGACCUCGGACCGUGGGCUGUUCACCUGGCUUUGAGCAUUGGAAUCUUCCCUUAUGUAGUGAAGCUUCUCCAAGCAGCAUCGCUAGAGCUCAAGCCGGUGAUGGUCUUUAUCUGGGCUCGAAUCAUGGCAGUCGACUACACGGUACAGAAUGAUUUGCUCAAGGACAACGGCAUCCACUAUUUCAUUUCCAUCAUGAACCCGCGUUCAGACAUUCCCGUCGGCAAUGCCAGCGAGCAUCGAGCCAUGUGUGCCUUCAUCGUGGCCACUUUCUGCAAGAGAUAUCCUCCAGGCCAGACAGUCUGCCUGUUGCCUGAACUUUUCAAUGCCUGUUUGCUUAAUAUGGCAGAGCCUGAAAAUCCCUUGCUUCGACAAUGGUCUUGCUUGUGUCUCAGCAUGCUGUGGUGCGACUAUGCUGACGCGAAAUGGAUGGGUAUUCGUUGUAUGGCUCACGCCAGACUUUGUGAAUUGUCCCUUGAUCCCGUUCCAGAAGUUCGCGCGGCCAUGCUGCAUGCUCUUACCCACUUCCUCGGCAUCCCAGAUCUAACUGAUCAAGUGUCUCAGAUUGAGGAGGGAAUCGCCUCUUCUGUGCUUUUUAUGACGUCCGAUGGCAGCACAUUAGUGAGAAAGGAGCUGGUCGUCUUCCUGUCGCAUUUCGUGAAGCGGUACGAGAACAAGUUUAUCGUGGUUGCUUACGAGCAGCUCGUGGAGGAAAGAGACAGACACCCGUACAAGCAGUCCCAGCCAAGCGGCUUUGAAGCUGAUGAUUCUCUCAAGUGGGUGUCAAUCUCUGCAAACACGAUUUAUGGUUCGAUUUGGGUUCAAAUCUUGAUGUUGUCGGUCGAUCCACACCCAGAAAUUGCUCGGAAUGCUUCAAUCAUUGUCGACCAUGUGCACGAUACAUUGAUUAACUCACCCAUGAGUCAUAUGGCCUUGGCCGUUAUUGACGACCUAUUGCGGUUCUCAAAGCGGGAAGAGUCCCAGGUUAAGAAAGUCCCGUCUCGGGACUCGCUCAGGGCGGUCGAAAAACAGCCCGGCACUCCUCCUCCCACAUUGAUAAAGCAGCAGAGCUAUCUGUCGCUCAGUCUGAAGAGGGCAGGCAGCUCACUUCGCAACCUCGCCUUUGGUGCGGGUUCUUCUCCUUCAGCCUCCUCCAAGGAAAACAGUCCUCAAACAUCUCCCACCAAAACGAGGGAGCUUGUUCAACCUGUCAAUACUCCUCGAAGUCGUCUCCCACCUGAGUGGAGCCGUCCACCAGAAACAUCCGAUGCGAGAAGCACCCCGGGAUCGUAUCAAUCUGCCGGUUUGCCUACUUCGGCGGGCUUCGUUUCUCUGGAUCCAAAAAAGCGACCUGCCUUUCCACUCCAGAGCGCUUUGCUAGAUUGGUCAACCGAAUACUUCCGCGAACCACAGAUGAGACCCAAUGACCCGGACGAGCCCGGAUCGGCCGACUACAAUUCGAGACUUUGGCGGCGCAACCGCAACGAAAAGAUCAUUGCUGACAAUCAGCCCCUGAAAGCCGUGGCGGGAAGCUCGAAAUGGACCCGCUACGAAGGGUUUCUUAACAACCAGAGUCAGCCAAUGAAGCUGACAUUCCAUCAGUUUGACAACCACCUUGCCGUCACUGAUGACAAAGAUACCGUCACUAUCUGGGACUUUCAGAAUAACGAACAACUGAGUCGAUUCAGCAAUGGAAAUCCUACGGGAAGCAGGAUCAACGAUGCCAAGUUCUUGAAUGAGGAUGACCAGCCUCUUUUGAUGGUGGGCAGUUCUGACGGGGUCCUCAAGGUGUAUCGGAACUAUCACAGUUCUACGGACGUCAAGGUGAUCACCGCAUUCAGGGCCUUGACAGAGCUAAUCCCUUCCAACAAGAAUGCCGGAUUGGUUUUUGACUGGCAACAAGGGCAAGGCAAAGCGCUCGUGGCAGGGGACGUUAAGGUUAUCAAAGUGUGGAAUGCCGCGACGGAACUUUGCGUGGGGGACAUUCCGGCACGCAGUUCUAGCUGCGUGACCAGCCUGACUAGUGAUCAGGUGGCAGGGCAGAUCUUCAUUGCGGGUUUUGGGGAUGGCGUGAUCCGUGUAUUCGACCAGCGGCUCAACCCUCGUACUGCGAUGGUCAAGCUCUGGCGCGAGCAUAGACAGUGGAUAACGAAUAUUCACAUGCAGCGUGGCGGCGUGCGAGAACUGAUUUCAGGAAGCAGGAAUGGUGAGGUGAAACUGUGGGAUCUGCGGAACGAUAAAGCCGUUCUGACGUUGAACGCAACCUCAUCGACUCCUUCGCCCUCGAAGCUCGAACAUGGCAGAGAUGGUUCAAGUACUUAUGGGAGUACCAGCUCGGCGGCAUCGCUGGCGGGAAGCUCGACGACCCUACUACGCAGCCUGUCCGUCCACGAACAUGCUCCUGUCUUUGCUGUCGGCACGGACAAACAUGAAGUGAAAUCGUUCAAUACAAACGGGGAUACUUUGGGUGUCUUUGAACCGUCAAGCAGCCGGAUGGCGCAUGUUGUCGGCGGCAGUCUUGCAGGCAGGAGCCAUCAGGCUCCAAUAGUGGCGGCGGCAUACCAUCCGCACCGCAUGUUGCUGGCAUGUGCAGCAUUGGGCGACGGGCACGUCAGUUUGGUGACUUACUGA